CCCAAACUAAUUUGCCUCAACCAUAAAUCCUCAAGAAUGGUCCUUUCUCCAAUAAAUCGAGCUCUGUCUCCCUGUUCGUUAUUAUGUAGCGAGGCCCCAAUGCUUCUUCAUUAUAGUCUAUCGGUCUUCCAAGUCUAAGCAUCUCUUUUUUCUGGAUGGAUUUUGAGGGGGAAUCGGACGGUGGAGCGGUGGUGGCCUGUUCAGACAAAAAUACUGCAACAGCAACAGCUAAUACCCUGUUUUCUGCACCAUCUUCUGAUGCUGUUUCAGAUGUUGACACAAAACAAAAAUGGUAUACAUCUAUUGGGUUUCAAGACCAGGAAAGGCCUUUUGGAGCUAAUAUUUCAGCUGAAGAUGACUUGAGACCCUCAAAAGUAGCUAAAGCAGCCACUACCAUUCCUAUGCUGAGAUGCCCUUUUGUGGGAUCUGAAAGCCAGCAAAUGCUAAGCUUCACUCCCCCCUACUACUAUCACCCAGCUGCUUUUAGUGGAAUAAACUCAGGCUAUGGAAGUGGAGGGAUGAGUGGUGGAGGAAACAUGCAUAGAGUAUUAAGUGCGGUGAAAAGUCCAUUCACACCCUCACAAUGGAUGGAAUUAGAACACCAGGCUUUGAUCUACAAGUACAUCACUGCCAAUAUUCCCAUUCCUCCUCAUCUUCUCUUCCCCAUCAGAAAAGCCUUUGAAUCUGUUGCAUUCUCAACCUUUGGCCUUGGAUCUAAUUCGUCGGGAUGGGGUGGUUUCCGACUGGGAUUCGCGAACAACAGUGAUCCAGAGCCAGGGAGGUGUAGGAGAACAGACGGGAAGAAAUGGCGGUGCUCAAGAGAUGCAGUCUCAGAGUACAAGUACUGUGAGCGGCAUAUGAACAGAGGCCGCCAGCGUUCAAGAAAGCCUGUGGAAGGUGCUCUAUCUGGUUCCCAUGCCUCCGCUGCCUCAACAGCCAAGCCAUUGUCGGAUGCUGUAGCGUUUGGAGGUCGUGCGUCUAACGGUCUAGGCUUCUCAAAUCUGCUCAACCAUGUGCAGCCACCUGCAACCAAUCCUUCUGCUUCUCAUCUUGAGAGAAGCUUUUCAGAGAAGGAAUAUGAAGGUGGGAGUAAGCAUGAGAAGGAAUCUCAAUAUCCCCUUCGCCAAUUCAUCAAUGAGUGGCCCAAAAACCAUUCUGAUCGUCCUUCUCUUUCAUGGCCGGAGAUUGAUCCACUGCAUUCACAGGAAAUUGAAGCAACCCAAAUGAGAUUAGGUGUGGGAAACAUUAGAAAUGAGGAAAACGAGAGGGAAACGAAUUGGAUUCCUAUAUCCUGGGAGUCUUCCACAGGAGGACCGCUCGGGGAGGUUUUCCAUGGAACAAACAUCGAAUCAAAGGAUUCAUCUUCCGUUAAUCCGAUGACAUCGGGAUGGAAUAGUAACAGGAUUCUUGGAGCAACUCUCUUGAAUCCUUCCCUACCCGCUUUGUAACCCCUCAUCGUCAUCAAAGAUGCAUGCUAUUUGGUUAGGUUAAUCCAAAGGAGUUCUGUAUCCUCCCCUUUUUGGGUUUUUAUUGGAUUAGUCUAGCUCAUGUGAAGUUAAAGAUAUGUUGUUUUCCCUACAAGAUCCAUAUCUAUAAUAUUUUGAAGAAAGAUGUGAUUCUAAUAAUCUAACAUUUUCUUGAUCUGCUUAUAAGAGUCUCAUCUUUCUACUUGUAAGUUGUAACAGUCUCAUCUUUAAUUAUCGCGAGAAUAAUCUAACUUUUGUUGCUUCCUUCUGAGUUCUGAUAUUUGUUAAGG